AUGGUUAUCGGUCAUCUAAAGCGUUUCACCCAUGCGCUAUCGCAAUCAAUGCGCAAUUUGGCAGAACCAAUCGUAGCAGCUGAUCGAUUACAAGAAUUUGGCGCAGCUUACGUAAAUCAGGAAGAUUCUGCUUAUGGAGGCUUUAACGCCUGUAUUCCGCACAACUAUUGGAACCGACUCUCGGCGGCAAUUACGACAACAGCGGAAGAAUUCCUAAACAAACAACAAGUGAAAGGUUCAAAUAAAAAUUUAACAAUUGAUGAUGGAUUAUCGGAAAAUGAAAAAAGGAAUCUGAGGAGUUUAUUUCCACAGGUUUCGGCAAAUAUCAGUAUCUGGAGCACAUUGGCGCAAUUCAUUUCUAAUCAGAUCCGAUUUGGCUAUGAAAUGGAACUAAUGCUGAGAGUGGAACUGAAGAAACUCAAUGUUGACGGACAAAUGAAAAUUACCCUAAAAUGA